GAGGCAUAGGGCACGAGGCAGGGUACACCCUGGACAGGGUGCCAAUCCAUUGCAGUGCACACACAUACACAGACUCAUUCACACACUACGGGCAAUUUGGAAACGCCAAUUAGGAAACCGGAGUACCCAGAGGAAUCCCAUCAAGCACGGGGAGAACAUGCAAACUCCAUGCACACAGAGACGAGAAUCGAGCCUGGCCGAGAAUCCUAAAGUAUAUGGAUAUGUUUUUAUAAUUAACCGAGUAGAAGCUCGCCCCGUGAAUGUGCUGGUGGACCAGUGGCCGGAUUUUAACAUGCUGCUCAUCAGACCACAACGCCAGGAGAAGGCAGACCAUUUCAAAGACAUGUGCAUUUUUACCAAGGACGAAACUUCUCUCAUCAGCAUACUGAUUAGGAUGGACAUUUUUGACUGGAAGCAGUUUCUUAGCCUAAGUGGUGACCUGUGCCAUAAGGAGAUGAUGAACAGUGUGGCUUUGAACAGAGGGGUGCCAGAUAUAAAAAAUUACGAGUACCACCUGUUGACACUGCAAGAUGCAUCUAACCUUAAAAGUGAAAGGGUAUCCUUACAAGUGUCCUCUCUCAAUGAGUCUCAUAUUGCUCUGGUCAAUAGCAUGUGGAAGUUUGGCAUGGGCCAAUUCAGUGAAAGCUUCAUCAGGGACACUAUUAUGAAUUUCCCAUCGUGUUGUGUGCUGGACUCAGAGGGUCAGCCAGUAUUAUGGAUAUUGAUUGAUGCUUCUUGUGCAAUAGUCAUGCUAUACACACUGCCGGAGCACAGACGGAAAGGUUAUGCAAAAGCUCUGGUCACGAUAUUUGCAAAGAAAUUACAUUCAGAGGGUUAUCCAGUGUACUGCUGCAUUGAGGAAGAGAACAAAGCAUCCUACAGGCUCUUUACCAGUUUAGGCUUCACUGCAGACCCAUCUUAUAGGGUUAAUUGGGUUGUAUGUAAUCAGGCUAGUAUUGGUGCAUGAUGAAUUUGGGACACAUAUACAAAACGUAUGACCUACAUAGGCCUGUCCCAUGUAAAAAGUAUUUUGGAUUAAUUAAUUCAGAUUAAUUUAUUGACUAAUUCAUGAUUUGUUGGAUGAUCUCACAUUAAUACCACAUUUGUCCCAAGCAAUGCUAAAAGAUUGUUUAAGAAAGGUCCCUGUUGAUAUGUGCUGGUUGUCUAGAAACCAGCAC